UGUUGAGCUCAGGCUUGAGCAUAAUAUGAUAGGCUAUACCAUGCGCCGAUAGUGUUCCGUGAAGCGCCUUUUGCCAGCGUCCGUUCGAGGAAAAAAAGCCACUCCCAGGAAAAAAAUUGUAAAUCUCAAGCAUUGAGCGUAGGCUAAUUUCGUCAGAAGACAAAAAAAAUUGUUCGACAACAACCCAUUUUUCCAUGACGAAGAUGUGUUUGCGUAGUCAUGAAACAGUGUCGUCACAACAUCUUUCCCCAACACUGUCAUUUUAAACAUCUCUCCACACUCCACUCCCUUUCGCUGCCAUACGCAGAUAGGCCUACGCCAAGAUCCCCAACGUUGUCCUUUUUUAAUGUUGGCUAUUCGCCUAGGUAAGGGUUUUGUAAGACAGGCUACUCACUAACAAACAAAUGAAAAUCGGAUUUUUGUAUAGGUGAAUCCAACCGGCAGAGUUUUUAAGUACGAGUCCAACCGGGAGAGUUUAAGAGUGAAGAGUGAGAGAGAGAGCUUUAAGAAAUGGCUGAUUGAGUUUUCCAACUUGUUUCAGUUGAGGGCAACGCUAAGACCAAGGAAAUUGACGUCCCAUCUACAGGUAUGGAGCUCCACGAGCACGGGACGCGAUGUUGCGAAUGGACAGCAACAGCGUCUGCCUAACAAGUUCUGCGACUGAACAAGAGCGUGCUCGAGGCAUUCAACUCUCCUGCAGCACACAGCAGGAUGUGCGCACAUGCACAUGAGAGGAGGGGGGGGGGCAUAUUUUAGUCUGCAUUACUGGCGAUAGAAAUUAAAUAAUACAUCGUCGCCGGCCGCCACUGUUAUCUUGUGCGCUCUCUGUGAUGUUGCGAUGGUCACUGCUCCUCCCUUUCACGCCCUUGUCUUGUUGCUAAAUGUAAUUGGAGUAGUUUAAGCGCACCACCAGAACAACCCUUAAGUCAACCAAGACCGCAAUGUUGCGGAAGGCCGAUGAUAGAGGGGGUAAGUGACCAGCGGAGUGAAAUGAUCACGCUGCAUGUGGUAACUCACUGCUCUCUCCUCCCUUCAUCAACAAUCGGUCUCACAUGUUGCAAGAGUGCAAGUCUUUCUUGACUUCGAAAGUUGGACAUUGUAAUCUAAUCCAAAUAAAUAGCAGCCUUUUUCAGAAAUUGCAGCAGCUAAAUAUUUAAUUCUUUGUGUAGGCUAUUUGCAAUGAGUGUAGUUUUCUGGGAGUGAAUGUUGCGCGACAAUCGAGAGAGGUUGCACACGGAAGCGCAGAUAGCCUUGUAGUCCACGUUACACUGCCAGCAGACAGCGCCUCUUCAUUUCACGGUAGCGCUUCUUUUGCAACAUUGUUAUGUAGGCCUAGUAGCCUAGCGCAGCAGCGCUUAGGUUUUGCAACAUUAUUGUAACAAUGUUGCAAAAGAUAAGCGCUACCGUGAAGAGGCGCUGUCUGGCUGUGUGACGUGGACUCAAGGCUACUCUGCGCUUCUGGAGCAGCGGAGAUUGUCAAUGUGAACCCGUGUGCAUGAUCACUCCAGUUAGAAAACAACAUUCACGGGAAAUAGAUAAAGUAGGCCUAUUAAAUAUUCAAAUGCUGCAAUUUUUGAAAAAUUAUAUUUUAAUAACAUCAACAGUAUCGGUAUCGGUAGUACUCGGUAUCGGCAAGUACUGAAAUGAUAGUACUCAUACUCGUAUCGGUUUUCACAAAUGUGGUAUCGGUGCAUCUCUAGACUAUAUCCAUAGGAUAGGGCAUGAGAAAGUGUGUGUGUGUGACAGUGACAGGGAUAGUCACUGUGCGCAUGCGCAGUUAUGCGCAUGCGUCUACUUCUAUUGUUCUGGUGUCUCCGAUGGGACCGUCUUACAGCGCACGUAGUGGUGUGGCAUGUGUAUUGCAUCGUUUUCAGCAAGUGUUGCGUUGCCAUAUGAACCUGAUAUUUUACUGAUCCGUUGCCCAUGUGGACGCGAUAUUUAAAAAAAAAAAAUCGCGUUGCCGUUGUCGUGUGGAUGUAGCCUUAGAGACACGAGAACAUACAAACUCCACACAGAAAGGCUCCAGUCGACUGGCAGGUUUGAACCCAGAAUCUGCUUCCUGUGAGGCGACCGUGCUGCACUCUAAAUCUCAUUCUACAGAUUAAUUCAUUUGCAAGUGUAUUCAGAGAGAGAGAGAGAGAGAGAGAAAAAAAAAGACACUUUCAUUUUAGCUAACUGUGUUAACACAGCCUGCUGCUACUGUCAGGUGAAAGGGGAAUUCCAGGAUGUUGGCUGCCAGGUCUCCUGUCAUACGUUCUAACGUAGGAUGUCCGAAAUGUCAGGAACCAUGAAGAAUAAAACUACAUGUGCUUAAUUUGGUAUUUAUUAUUAUUUACAGCAUAUGUUCUACAUGUUCAUCUUUAUGCUCUAUGCAUUUUCUCAGCCACUGUAUCACGUUUUUUAAGAUUUUGCUCAACAUAUUUGGAUCAAUGUAUUUGCUCAGUAUAUUCCCAUUGGUUCUUGACUUUUCAGACACCCUGUAGAGGAGCCACAGGCCAGAUAACAUCUGUCCGUGGGCUGUGUUUGCCCCACCCUCCACCAGAAUACACAUAGUUAUGGCCAUUAGUGUAGAUGUCAUUACUGUUGUUGAGAUUCUGUUGACCUACAGCACAUUUUAUCUUCUGUUCUGCAGGGCACUGAUGGACAUUGUGCACGAGUUGAUCCCAGUGUCUGUAAACAUCAUCCUGUCACUCUCAGCUCUGUCUGCUGCUUUUCACCUGUUCAGGGACCACCGAGCUCCAUCAGUGGGUUUUUUCCUCAUCGCAUGCUCUUCGUUUCUGGCUGUUAUCCCUCUGCUGCCAGCUCUGUCUCAGGCCCAGAGAGAUCUAGAAUGGGCAGGUGAGACACUGGGCCCUUCCCUGUCUGCCUUUGGCUUUUUGUGGCUCAGUGGAGAUCACUGGACUGCCCAUGUACUCCUGAUUGGUUCAGCACUUUUUCUGAUGCUCUCCGAUUGGCUGUCGGAGGACGGCUUGGUGAUCAUGACACGCUGUGUGUCCUUGUCAGCACUGUCAUGUGCUCUGACAGUGUGUCUGUUUGCUUCCAGUGGGACUGGUAUAGUGGGCAGCGUGGCCCUCAGCCUUCCUGCUCUUGUGGCCCCAAAGGUCAGAGGUGUCAGCGUGGCGCCUCUGAUAUCUUCACAUGGUGCCACAUGGUUAUUGGGGUGGAGUAUGAAGGUCAUCAUGGCUGUAGGGUGCUGGACAACGAAGAUCGCUUUAGAUGCAUUCCACCAGGAUCUGAAUGUCUGGGACGGAACCCUAUGAGAGAGGAUUCAGAGAACUCCCUAUGACAGCACUGAGUACACGUUCUGCAGCUGGUAUCGGCGAGGGAGGGGGAAAGUAGAGAGGGACACAGUGUCUGUGCUGGAGAAGGAGGGGGAGGAGUAGAAAGAAGCAUAAAGAUAGAAGAGCUCUGCUCAUCAGCACCAUGUAGAGCUGCAAUCUGGGCCAGAAGAAUGUAGAGAGAGGAGAAUGCUGCUGCUGGAGCUGCUUGAUCAACGGCGCGAGCAGAGUGGGAGAUGUUCUAAAGAAGCUUUUCCACAGCUGACAGUGAGUAAAGUGUACCUCGGGGAAGAUGUAUGCCUUCUACUCUCUGCUGGUCUACAUCUUCUACACCGUUUUUAAGAAGGACGAGGAGACUGCACUUGAAGGGGCAUGUGGAGAGCCGACAGAGGAGCCUGGCCAUGUUUCCAUGGAAACAGGGAGUAGGAGGAAAGGUGGCCACACCUCCAGGUUGGGAAAAAGGCAGUGUGACAGAAUCAGUGAUUCAAGCAGCAGCAGCAGUGACAGUGAUGAACCGUCUCUCAGCGAUGAAGACGGCGACAUUGAUGACAGUUAUGCAGUCCCAGCCAAGACACCUUUGGCAGCCUUCCUGUCCUUCAAACAGGAAACGGAAAAGAGGAGAGUUUCCAGUGUCCACACUGAGACAGGAGAAAAGGUGUUUGAGUCUCCUCUGGUAGCAGUGAUGUCUCAUCUACUGAGCUUCCUGGAGCAGUACUCACACCUGCAACAGCUGCAACAGCAGGCCGAGCAGUACCGCAUGCAGCUGCACAGGCACCGUGUGCAGCACCGGCGAAAGAUGAAAGCUUUGCGCAGCUCGUACCGCCAGCGCCUUCGUGACAAGAGCAGCGUCAUCCACAGCCUGGAGGAGGCCAUUGCUCAACAGCAGACUCCUUCACCUGAUAAUGACACAGGGUCUCCAGGUCUACAUAAGCUGGUGCAGUCUCUGUGCGGCCUGCAGGGGGAGAGGAGCGUGCUGCGAGGCGAACUGCGUCUCCUCCACUCACAGCUGGAGCAGAGAGAGCAGGACCGCCACUCCAAAGUACAAGCCUUCCAACAGCAGAUUGAUGAGCUGAAGAGCUGCAUUGAGGAGCGAGAAGAAGAGCUGUCCAAACUCCGCAUUGCAUCUGGAGCAACAGACUCAGAAAAGCGCAUGCUGUGCUUGUCAGCUGAGAAUGAGAGUCUGAAACAGAGCCUGUCUGUGACUCAGGGUCUCCUGCAGCAGCUGUCCAUCAUCCCAUCUCAGUCCAGCUCACUGCUCAUUAAGGAGAACGAGAACCUGCGCAGCCGUGUUCUACAGCUGGAAUGCACUCUGCAGCAGCGGGCUGAGCAACUUUCACGCCUGGAGCGCCAGAGCGAGCAGGACCAGUGGCGGAGGGGAGAAGAGUUCCGGAGACGAGAUGAGAGAGUGAAAGAGCUUCAGCUCGAGCUGGACAAGGAACGCAGCAAGGAGCCUAUCGUGAAAUAUCUCACUCAAACGGUGGAAGUGGAGUCGCCUUCAUCAGUGAGGCAACUCGCUGAGGCUAGACAGAAAAACCAACAACUAAAACAGAGGUUGUCCAGUCAGAAAGAACGAUGCAAACAGCUGGAGGAGAAAAUCAGACGCUCUGAUGAAGUUAGCUGCAAUCUUCAGCAUAAGAUUGCUGCCUAUGAGAGAGAGAUCGGGACACUGCAGGCAGAGCUGAUGAAGGAGAUUGAGCAUCUGGAGGAAAAAAAAGAUGCGGCUGUGAAAGCAGCGACAAACUGUUCACAGGAGCAGUUUCAGAGCCUGCAGGAUCAGUUCAGGACUCUACAGCAGCGUCUGAAGGCUCUCCCUCCCACCCUGCGCUCUAUGAAGACAGAUUAUGCCAGUCUGCGCAGUCAGGUCCGCAAUUUUUCUGACUUUUAUGGAUCAGCCAUCAAAGAAGCCAAGAAUCAGAUUUCAGCAGCAAUAAAUGAAAUGUCCGAGGCCAAUAAGGACCUUCUGGAGAAAUACAGGAAAGAGGUUGCCCUUCGCAGGAAAUACCACGAGCAGUUAGUAGAGCUGAAAGGCAACAUCCGUGUCCUGUGCCGUGUGAAACCAGUCCUAAAAGAAGACCAGCAUGACGAAUGCCAGCCUGUCGCUGUGACCACGGACCCACACAAUGAAUCUACACUCACUGUCCUGAGUAAGGGCAAAGCAAAGACCUUUGAGCUGGACAAAGUCUUUCACCCUCAGGCUACUCAAGAGGAGGUGUUCCAAGAAAUCGAGCCCCUAAUCACCUCCUGCAUAGAUGGAUAUCAUGUCUGCAUCUUUGCUUACGGUCAGACAGGCUCAGGGAAGACCUACACCAUGGAGGGUCCUGUGGAGAACCCAGGCAUCAACCAGCGAGCUCUGAAGCACCUUUUCAAUGAGAUUGAGGAAAGGAAAGACAUGUGGACCUACACAGUCACUGUCAGCUCAGUGGAAAUCUACAAUGAGGUUCUCAGAGAUCUGCUGAGUAAAGAUGGAGAGAAGCUGGACAUCAAAAUCAAUCCUGAUGGCACAGGUCAGCUCCAUGUGCCUGGUCUCAGGAUCAAAGAAGUCAAAAACUUUCAGCAUAUCAAAAAAAUUCUGGCAACAGCACGGAGAAACAGGAUAACAUUUGGAACACAAAUGAACCAGCAUAGCUCUCGUUCACACGCUCUGCUCACCAUCACAGUGCAGGGAACAGACCUCGCCACCGGCACCAAAACCACCGGUAAGCUGAAUCUGGUGGACCUGGCUGGUUCAGAGCGUGUGUCCAAGUCAGGGGCGGAGGGCGAGCGGCUGAAGGAGGCCCAGAACAUCAAUCGCUCAUUGCUGGCACUGGGGGACGUGAUCCAGGCCCUGAGGGGCCGCCAGACCUACAUCCCCUUCAGGAACUCGCGCCUCACAUAUCUACUGCAGGACUCACUGGGCAAGGGCAACAAAACAGCCAUGGUGGUGCAGAUUUCCUCACUGGAGAGGAAUGCUGAAGAGACGCUGUGCUCGCUGAAGUUUGCGCAGCGUGUGUGUAAAGUAGAGCUGGGCCCUGCUGCACGGAAGACUGAAAGUGGAGGGCAUUGUGAAAACUACUCCUAAAGCGACCUCCACCUGCACACUUCUGCAACUAGAAGUCCGGGAAUCUUUUUAUCCAAAGUUGUUUUGUCUGAGAUAUCUAAUGAGAUUCCUAUUUUAUUUCAAGGGCUAUGGUUCAGGAAACCACAUAAGUAGCAUCUAUUUCUUCCUGUUGAGUAUUCGCAAGAGUCACGGUUAAUUGAGGUAUUUCACCUGACGUCACAGGGUCACGUGACGCCCCGGUGUCUGCCAUUUUGAACGUCAAGCUACAUACUAACGCUGCAGACAGAGAGGGAGAACCAGCUUGAAAAAAAAACGUGUUACAGACACCUAGAAUAGAUUAAUUUGUCAGUAAGCACUCUAUAAAUAACCAUGGUGUUUGCUUGUUGUGCUGUGGGCUGCCACAACAGACAGGGACAGCGUGCAGGACGCUCCUUUUACCGGUUUCUAGUGAUGGGAAUUUCGGCUCUUUUGGCUCUUCUUACUAUAAGGAGCCGGCUCUUUCGGCUCCCAAACGGCUCCUGAGAUUUUAUCUCAUCAUCUCAUUAUCUCUAGCCGCUUUAUCCUUCUACAGGGUUGCAGGCAAGCUGGAGCCUAUCCCAGCUGACUACGGGCGAAAGGCGGGGUAUACCCUGGACAAGUCGCCAGGUCAUCACAGGGCUGACACAUAGACACAGACAACCAUUCACACUCACAUUCACACCUAUGGUCAAUUUAGAGUCACCAGUUAACCUAACCUGCAUGUCUUUGGACUGUGGGGGAAACCGGAGCACCCGGAGGAAACCCACGCGGACACGGGGAGAACAUGCAAACUCCGCACAGAAAGGCCCUCGCCGGCCCCGGGGCUCGAACCCAGACCUUCUUGCUGUGAGGCGACAGCGCUAACCACUACACCACCGUGCUGCCCCUGAGAUUUUAUUUUUGAUUUAAUUGCUGCAAUUAACUAGUUAAUUAAUUACAUUAUUAUUUAUAUUUUAUCAAUAGGAUGUUUUCCAUUUUAUUUUUUAGUUUUUGUAGCCAUUGUA